GACGCAGAAAACAUGGCAGCUCCCUAGUCAAGGCAUUUCUCAUAAUUUUAAGAUUUUUAUAUAUAUUCCCGUCUGUACCACAAGUGUGAUUUUCGUGUGUCACACAACAGAUUUUUUUGUAAUCAACGGUGCAGUUUUCGCGACGCAGGCGUAAGAUGAUGAAUACAGAUGAAAAAAUGGUGCCAUCUUUUAAGAAUCAAGUGGAGGAGGACCAGGGAGAGAUAGAAGAGGAAGAUGGUGAGGAGGAAGAGGAGGGAGGAGAAAAGAGUUGUGAUGAUGGUGAAGAAGAGGAAGGUAGAGAUGAUACUGAAAAAAAAGUAGAAGUGAUGCCACAAGCUACAGAUGAAGAUUUUCCAUUAGCUAUUGAGGCUGCAGAGAAAAAGCCACAGGUCUUGAAUCUCAACAAUGAGGUGGUGAAUAUGAGGAAGGAGGUGAGGAGAGUUAGGGUUUUGAUCAUCAGGAAACUUACACGAAAGAUUGCUGCACUAAAGAAGAAGAAAGGCAAAGAGGAGGAGGUUGAGAGAAAUCAGAGGAGAGCUGCAAGACUGCUAGAGGAGGUCCACAGCAUGAAGAACCUCUCUCCAGACUUGGUGACCAAGACAGCCUUGCAGAAGAGCCUCAACUUUGAGCAAGUGUGCAAAAACCCUAAGUCUACUAUAUCAGACCGAGCUGUUGCACGCAUUGCCACCCAUCCUCAGUUCAAUAAGAAGAUUGAAAGCAUCAAAGCUGCUGUGAAAGCCUUUAAAGAGGAGCGUGUGAAGGGUUUAAAGCAGGAGGGAAAGGCAAAAGUUCAAAAGCAAGCUGAGAAGCAAACUCUGCCUUCUCAAGACAAGAAGGCAAAAAUAGAGAAUAAGAAAAACAAGAGAGAGAGUACUUUGGACUUACAGGAAACAGCAGAUAAUGAGGAGCGAAUAGUUGUUUGUAAAAACACGAAGGAUGCAGCUGAGAUUCACAAGCAAGCAAAGCCAGAUUCUACAAGUGUUAAAAGUAGUGGUGUAAAGGAUGUUGUGAAAAAUGAACCUCAAAGUAGAGUUGCAGAAAAGAUUUCAGGUCUCCCGCCUGCCUCUGUGAUGCUCCAGAAAAGAGAAGAAGAGGAUGAGAGUGAUGUAGAGCCAUCGGAUGAUGAAGAGAAAGAGUACUUUGAUGACAGCACUGAGGAACGAUUUCACAAGCAGUCCUCCCAGUCAGAGGAGAGUGAUGACGAAGAUGACUUCUUUGUAGGGAAAAUGAGCAAAUUCAAGAAGAAGAAACAGAAAGCCAACAAAAAGGAGGAGGAGGACAAAGGACAGGAAGUGAAAAAGGACUCAACAGACAAUGUGAAAACUUCUGACAAACUCCAGAGUGAACUUGACGAGCUCGAGACACGGUUGAAGUCCAGAGCAACCUCACUUCAGUCCGUUUUCUGUUCAUCCCUGACUGGGACUAAGGCUGGAAGAGGCUCCAGCAAAGGGAGAGGUGGGGGUAAAUUUAUGGCGCAAGGGAAACCAAAAAGUGGCAGUGGUCCUGAUAGAGAUUUUAGUAAACAUGUUAAGUUUCAAAACAAAGAGCAAGGAGCUUCAAAUGUUGGGUUCAAGUACAGCAAGCCAUGCCCUGAAAGCACAGGUCCUCAGUCUGAUGAGAGGGUCUCUGCAUUUGCUGGGAGAGGGAGAGGACGCGGCAGAGGUAACGUUCGAUGGGAAAAGAGUCACUCAGGUGGAGGAGUCGUCUCUCAUCAGUCGGCACUCCAUCCAUCCUGGGAGGCCAGCAAAAAAAGGAAGGAGCAGCAAGGACAGAUCAUGGCCUUCCAGGGGAAGAAGAUUAAAUUUGAUGAUGAUGACUGAAAACAUACUUUGACAUACUUUGUAUUACACCACAAUAAGGUAUAAAAAAAGUUUAUAUCAGCAUAGAUUGGUGACUGUGUCUUGCAGGGUGUGCUCACUGCUUUUUAUCCUGGUUAACCACCCUAAAACCUUGCAGUAGACAUGUGACCCAUCCAGGGGUGUCCACAGAAAUCUGUUCUUAAAAUAGUCAUUUACAAAUGUGAGACACGGGUUUAAAAUAAGUUGGGCAAAUAACGUUUCUGUUUGUAGGUAUAUGUUAUAGUUAUGUCAUUGCUUUUUCAGUCAGAAUAUAAAAGGUAUUUGUUUGUUUUUUUGUUUUUUUUUAACUUGCAAUAACAACUUGUAAACAAAUCUUUUCCAAAAAUCUGUAAUGCUUUUUUGUCAUUACCUUAUACACUUUUGAUUCCAGAGAUAAUUCAGUUCACAUGAAACUAAAACAAUGUGACCCACCUUUCA